AUGCUUGGCUUAGGAGCGUAUGAAAGCAGCAGUGACGAAGAGGUGGAAAAUAAUUUGCCCUCAGUACAUUCGAAGAAGAUCGCAAGCCAGCAAGCGCAGCCACAGGAAGUGACAAAAGCUACAGAAACCGCCAAUGAAGCCACACCAUCGAAAGAGAUACCUGUUCCAAACACAGACAGGCCUGUUCUUGGGCCGACGCAUGAAGGCUCACAAAAUCCGCAAGAGCAACCAGCCGAACAUUCACAAGUCUUCUCAGCGGACCGAACAUUAAUCCAUGACCUAACACUUCCUCCGAUACCAAAUCUAGACAUCCCACCAUCUCCCCCUGGCUCUCCUAACCCUGCAGCAAAUGCCAAAUUCGCACACUUCUUGACCCUAAAGAAACAGGGCAUGCAUUUUAACGAAAAGCUCGCCGGGUCUACAUCCCUCAAAAACCCCAGUUUACUGAAGAAGAUGAUGGACCAUGCCGGCAUUGAUGAACAAGCACAAUAUCACACAUCUUUACCACCUGAAAUAUGGAAUAUCAGCGAUCUGCCAAGUUGGGGGUAUAAAGAGGAGCUUCUAAAAGCGCAGAGGGAAAUUCAGAAUAGGGCUGAAGAAAAGAAGUCCGCAGGACAAAGGGAUGCUAUCAACUUUGUGCCUGCCACGCCUAGCGAGUUCUCCCGUGCAGGCCCUAUUCCUAGCUCAAGGCCGAAACAAAGGUAA